CCUUCCCACACGCAGAAUCUGGAGGAGAGCAACACCACCUGACCUCGGAAGGCUUGUAUAUAUACCUCAAGCCGCUGUCCUCACCCAUCGUUCGCUGCCAUCCUCUCAGCUGACAACAUGAAGACUGUACUCCUCGUGUGCCUGGCCGCCGCUGCCCUGGCCUCCCCGCAGUUCAGCCGCUUCCCAACCCGAUUCACCACCCGCCGCUUCCAGACCUUCGCUCCCCUGCCCACCCCGGCGCCCAGGAUCGACUACCGCCCCAUCGCCAUCUUGAGAGACGAGAGGGAGAACUACGGCGAUGGCAACUUCCGCUACGAGUUCGAGACAGAGAACGGCAUUAGAAUGAACGCCCUCGGUACUCCAGGAUUCCGAGGCCAGAGCAACAUCCGGGGUUCCUAUAGCUACCCUCUUCCUGAUGGUGGGUUCGCUGAGGUUAAUUACGUGGCUGACGAGAACGGCUACCGCGCAGAGUCCCCGCUGAUCCCCACGCCCCACCCCCUCCCAGCCCACGCCAUUGAGCAGAUCCGCAUCGCCGAGGAGCAGCGCCGACGAGGCAUCACCUGGGAGUAAAUGAAGUAGCAGAGCGGCCCGUCACUACUGGGCUGCUACCUGUCCGUCACACCUGCACACUACACCUGGAAGUUUCACGAGUGUGUUAGACCAGAGUGUCAGUGUGAGUGUGUGGCGUGUGUUGCGUUACCAUCAAAAGGUCUAUGUUUAUGUAGCCUAAGUCACAAGUCAUUCUAAAGGCGUAGUUACGUUGGUCAUGUCACUGGAUUCAGUAAUUAGAGUAAGAGUUCGUGCGGCGGCGGCGGGCCCUGUUUUAGUCCAGUUCCGGUGGUUUCCAUGUACGAGGAGGUGAAAGUGACGAAUAAAGAGCAAUGAUUGAA